UUUAGUUACAAUACAUUCAUGGAUCGGUUAACUGCUUACCUGUUUCUGCCACUAUUCUCUAUUUUGUGUUUAAUUUACGUGUAUUGCAAACGAUGCUAUUCUUACUGGGAAAAAAGGGGUGUACAUGCAUUAUCAAAACCUGCUCUAAUUUUCGGACAUUCAAAACCCUUCCUCAAGCGAGAAUCUGCAGCGCGGGAUAUUUUUAAAGAGAUUUACGAUGAGUGCAGGCAAAAAUCGCAGAAAAUCAGUGGUUUUUAUUUUUUCACAAAACCGUGCUUAGUGAUUUGUGACUUAGAUUUGGUGAAAAGGAUAAUGAAAACGGAUUUCGAGCACUUUACCGAUCGACUCUUCCACAAUCACGAAUCAGAUCCUCUCAGUGAGCAUAUGGGAUCCUUAAAGGGUGAAAAGUGGAAGAAGUGCCGACUGAAACUGUCCCCCGCGUUUACAUCCGCGAAAACAAGCAUGAUGUUUCCGACCAUCGUCAAGUAUAUUGAUGAAUUCGUGGAUAUUUUGAAGAAAUCCUCCUUCGAGCACGCAGAGGUGGAAAUCCGUGAUUUGGUCGAUAGGUUUUCGAUUGAUGUCAUUGGUUCUUGUGCGUUUGGUAUCGAGUGCAAUAGUUUAAAAAAUCCGAAUUCCGACUUUGGAUACUACGCGAGGAAUUUUUUUAGUACGUCUUUAAAGGACUCUUUGGUCAUGUUGCUGACAUGUCUCUGCCCGUCUGCCCUUUCGCUUGUUAGAGUACGAUCGAUUAGGAAAGACAUAGGAGAUUUCUUCCUAAAAGUAGUUGGGGAAAAUAUCAAAUUUCGCGAAGACAACAACGUAAUCCGGAAGGACUUCUUGCAUCUUCUUCUUCAGGUCAGAAACAACGUUGCAAUAAACGAAAAUGCAGUAGGGAUCAUAAAAGACAAUGCGGACAGUACGCCGCUACUAACCGAAACGAACGUAACCGCACACUCAAUUGUGUUUUUUAUGGCUGGGUACGACACUUCAGCAUCCACGAUUGCUUUUUGCUUAUACGAGCUGUCUCUUGAUCUUGACAUACAAGCCAAGGCACGGAGGGAAGUUGUACAAAUUUUAGAUGAACAUAACCAGGAGUUUUGCUACGAGGUGGUCAACAAAAUGGGUUACAUCGAGAAAUGUGUUAAAGAAACUCUGCGCAAAUACGCACCACCCCCAGCACAUUUGAGAGAAUGCACAACCUCAUAUAAUUUACCAGACACAAACUUGCUGAUAGAAAAGGGCACGCCCGUUUUCGUGCCCGUUCACGGUAUCCACAUGGACCCUGAAAUUUAUCCGGAUCCGGAAAAAUUCGAUCCAGAAAGAUUUACCGACGAAUGUAUCGCUGCACGUCAUCCUUGCGCGUGGAUACCAUUUGGUUUUGGUCCAAGAAUGUGUAUCGGUAUGAAAUUUGGUAUGACCGAAACAAAAUCGUGCAUAGCUAAGCUGCUGCUCAAUUUCGAAUUUAGAACAAACGGUCUAACCGAAAUUCCAAUAAAGAUUGAUCCAAAGUCUGUCGUUACUAAUUGUGAGAAUGGCAUAUGGUUAACGAUAAAAACUCUUGAUUAGGUUAUGUUGGUGCGUUUUUUUAAUAUUAAAUGAAAUAUUCUUUAA